ACAAAAGGAGACGCCGCAGCGAAUCGUGUGAACCAAAAUGGCACACCAUCACGGUCUUCUCUCCCCAUCACUCCCAACAACUCCAACAGCAUCCCACUCCCAAAUUCACACUUCCCUCUCUUCUUCUUCAACUCCAGCCAUGGCCUCCGUCGCUCUCGGCGGCGCCGCCGCUGCUACCUCUACUCGCUGCCUCCUCCCCUCCGCCAGAGCCUCCCUCUCUCUCUCUCGCUCUUCUCCUUCGUCUCUCAAAUGCCUAGGCCUCGGCUCUUCUCCGCUCAUCUCUCACCUCUUCCUCAGCCGCAAAGCCUCGCCGAUGGCUUGCUCCUCCAGCCGCGGCUUCGCCGCCGCUCCGAAAUGCGCGGCUUCCGAUCCCGAGCAGCUCAAGCUUGCGAAGGAGGACAUCAAGGAGCUCCUCAAGACUAAGUUCUGCCAUCCAAUUCUGGUUCGGCUGGGAUGGCACGAUUCUGGAACUUACAACAAGAACAUUGAGGAGUGGCCGCAGAGAGGUGGAGCUAAUGGGAGCUUGAGGUUUGAGAUUGAGCUUAAGCACGCCGCUAAUGCAGGUCUUGUGAAUGCUUUGAAGCUUAUUCAGCCUAUCAAGGACAAGUACUCUGGUGUCACAUACGCAGACUUGUUCCAAUUGGCUAGUGCUAGCGCUGUGGAGGAUGCUGGGGGCCCAAAGAUUCCUAUGAAGUAUGGGAGAGUUGAUGUUUCAGCACCAGAGCAGUGCCCAGAAGAAGGAAGGCUUCCUGAUGCCGGCCCCCCUUCACCUGCUGAUCAUCUACGUGAGGUGUUCUACAGAAUGGGGUUAAAUGACAAGGAAAUAGUUGCAUUAUCAGGGGCACACACUCUGGGGAGGUCCAGACCUGAACGCAGUGGUUGGGGCAAGCCAGAGACAAAGUAUACGAAAGAAGGGCCAGGUGCACCAGGAGGACAGUCUUGGACAGCACAAUGGUUGAAGUUUGAUAAUUCCUACUUCAAGGAUAUCAAGGAAAAAAGGGAUGAAGAUCUACUAGUGUUGCCAACUGAUGCUGCUCUUUUUGAAGACCCAUCAUUCAAGGUAUUUGCUGAGAAGUAUGCUGAAGAUCAAGAAGCCUUCUUCAAGGACUAUGCUGAAGCUCAUGCUAAACUCAGCAAUUUAGGAGCCAGAUUUGAUCCUCCAGAGGGUAUUGUGAUCGAUGAUGGUGCACAAUCUGUACCGGAAAAGUUUGUGGCAGCUAAAUACUCAUCUGGCAAGAGAGAGCUAUCAGACUCUAUGAAGCAGAAGAUCCGGGCAGAGUAUCAAGCUAUUGGUGGAAGCCCAGAUAAGCCUCUACAGACAAACUACUUUCUAAAUAUAAUAAUUGUAAUAUCUGUUUUGGCAAUUUUGACAUCACUAUUUGGAAACUAAGUUCUGGGUUUUUGUUUUUUACCAAUGGAAUUGUGUUGUUAUUUUACACUUCAUACUGAUAUCACAAAGUGAUCCCAAAGGUUAUAUGAGAUUUAUCUGCUAAUUUAUACUCAAUUUCAUCCAUGAUUUCAAUCAAGAUCAGUACUUCAAA